AUGAAGGAUAUAGGCAUAUCUAGACGGAAGAAGAUUACGCCUCUCGAAGAGUCAGGCCAGAAAGCCAAGAUCAAAAGCAAGCGUAUUGUGGAGACGCCUUUCCCAGAUGCUUCGUCAAGCCACAGUUCAAAAUUUUCUGUCGCCAUUGCUUGGUCGCUGGGCUCGGGGCGGAUGGACCCGUUUGCUUGCUACCCUACACCUCUGGAUCAGGAGUUGCUGUUCUUGGAUGAUCAUGUCAAUACAUCGCCUGAUAUUGAAUUGUGGCCUUUCAAAGACAUCAUCGAUGUUGCAGCAACAUGCUUCCUGGACAAGCUAAAUACUAUGUUUCCCCUACUUGAAGUGCCCGACGAUUCGAGCAUGCCCUCAGUAGCGCUACCGUGGCCGAUCCCACCAGCGUUGAAUCGAGACCAUAGCAUUUGGAAACACUCUUUCCUGAACGAAUAUCCUCUACUACCAAUAUUCCACGACAUGACGACACUGAUGUUGACUCUCAAAUCUGAUUCCUUCAGCCACCGAACCUCAAAUGGCCCUUCCGUGGUCGUCAAUCGAGCGGCAGUGUUCUCGCUCGUCAGUCGACUGGACGAGAUCUCAAUCCCAGUCGAAAACACGACAGCAGACAAUUUGAUACAAGAAUGUUGCAGAAUAGCCGGGAUGUUGCUUCUUGGCGCAGUCUACGAUCACUUCCCAUCCCGAGGCUUCCCUCACCACGUCAAUCGAUUCAUGGAUACAGCCUCACUUUCCCGAAAGCUACAUACCAUCCUCUGCAGGCUAGAGAAGUACAAGCAUUGGAUUUUGCACAAGCCUUUGCUGCUCUGGUGCUUGACUUUGGGCGCUGUAUCAUCUGAGAGCUUGGACGACACCGAGGAUUUCCUCGACUUGAUGCUCUUCGCAGGGAGGUGGCUGGGCCUUCGCAGUUGGAUGGAGGCGUUGCUGGUUGCUGGGAAUCUGUUUUGGGUAGGUGAAAUUUUUGAUGAGAAGUAUAAGCGGGUGACCGCUUGUAAAGAGUGGAAAUACAAUACUAGACUUUACUACAUGUAA